AUGAAAAUAAGACGUCAAUAUACAAAUUUCGGGGCCACGACAACCUUAUUUACCUACGCUCUAGCUAUUCCAGACACCGUUGAAGACGCAAGAAUUUGUGCUUGCAACAACCUCCUUCAUCCAGAUUGGUCCAGCAGAUUCCCAGCUACGUUGGAUGGCUCGGAAUUGUACAAAAUAAAAGACACCACUCUCUUUACUUGGCCGCUUGCUUGGGAGUCUAACCGUAAUUUCGAGAAAGGCAGUGAGGGAAUUCAACGGGUUGUUAUAGAUUCGACGUGUAAACUUAUCGGUGUCGUCGAUAAAAUCGGAGAUUCUUACAAAAAGUGUCUCCAGGUUCUAGAUCCUCGUACUAGCCCACCCCUCAUACUUGACCUCAGCCUCGGAAAUCCACUCAAGCACUAUGGCUUUGAUUGUAAUCGAUACAAAUUUGUUGACGAAAAAUUACACGCAGCCUACAUUUAUCUCCACCAACAUCUAGAAAACCAUGAUAUUUCAGACCAUUACUUGGCCACUCAAAAGCUCCUUAAAAGACACAAGUUGCAGGAAUUCGGUGGCAAAACAGUUUUUUCAUGGCCUAUUGGAGUUAACGGGGAAAAUCAAUCAUUCAGGAAUUCUAAAUCAAAACGAUAUCGUGUUGUAUUAGAUCUAUCGGGAAAUCACAGGGGAAUGAUAUACAGCUUUAAAGGUAUCUGGAAACCUUGCCUCAAGCUUCAGUAUAUUGAGCCAGAACCGCCAAGAUCAUUGAGCAAAUACGAAACCUCUGUUGGGGAAGCUAUCUUCGAGAAUAUCAGUGCAUUCAGGUGUGAAGAUUACAUUUAUACAGCAAUUACAAUAAAUAGCCACAUGCAAAUAGCCUGUAGUCAAUUCAAAAAGCUGGGCCAUCUGGGAAGUACCAAUAAACUACAUUAUCCUUCAUCUUUACAUAUCAAACUGAAAUCAACGUGGUUCUGGCCUCUUAGACGGCCAGAGCUUUCUGUCGGUCAAGAUAGGAAUGUGAAGCAACACUCGAUUCUGCUGGGAAGAAACUGCGAAUUUUUAGGUGCAUACUAUCUCACGAACGCCAAUCAAUUAGCAUGUCAAAAACUGCCGACACCUAUGCCAUUAAUAGGAUUAUGA